AUGGGCCACAUAGAAGAAGUGUGUAAGGGUAAUUUAGGUAAUCUUGCAGAGGAACCAAUUUGUGAAGAUAUUGAUGGACAACAAUGUGUAAGACUCGAUGAAUUUGAAGCAUUUACAAAUGAUUAUUCAACUUAUGCUAACUUUGAUGUUGAGUACAACGUACCAAAUGGUGAAGAGAAUCAAGUAGAAAUUGAAAUUCUAGAGGGCAUUGUAAGUGAUGAUAGUGGAGAUGCUUUCUAUAUUCAGAAUGGAGAUGGUUUUGAUUAUAGUGGAGAUGAUUCUGAUGAUAGUGACUACAUUGUACAUGAGUCUAACUUGCAAUUUGAUGUGGAUGUAGACAUGAGUGAAUUCCAAAGUUCGGUGGAUGUAGAUGAACAUGGAAUUUUAAACAAGCAAACCGAAAGUAUAGGGAAUGACAUAGUUGAUGAAGAGUUGGAAGUUAUUCAAAGUGAUUAUUAUCAGUAUGCAGGAAUUUAUGAAGAUGAAAGGACAAAAAUGCUUAAGGAGUUGAGUAGGUCAAGUCCAUGCUUACAUGGGGAGAUCCAUUUAAAACCAUAUAGAGUGGGGCAGUGA